GCGCAUACCUCCUCAGCAUGUGGUACAGAAGGUACGAGGCUCAGAAGAGGUACUCAGUAUUUGGAUGCUCCACCAUCCUAGCCGGUGCGUUUGGGGGUCUCCUGGCCAGCGGACUCGGUAAGAUGGAUGGAAUCGGAGGGUAUGGCGGCUGGCGAUGGGUGUUUAUCAUCGAAGGCGCAGCGACCUGCCUUAUGGCGGUGAUAGUAUUCUUUGCAUUGCCGGAUUUCCCGCAGGAUUGCAAGUGGCUUACCCAGAGCGAGUUUGAGUUCCUUCGUGAUAGAGCGGCCCGGGAGAAUGGGACCCUCAGCCCGAGUGCGAGGAUGCGAUGGCUGGACAUCUUGCAUGUGUUCAAGGAUUGGAAGAUAUUCAUUGCGGCACUCAUGCUCUUUGGGCAGGUUGUUAGUAGCUAUGGGUACGCGUAUUUUGCGCCAACUAUUAUCAGAACAUAUGGCUAUGGACCAAUCAAAACGCAGCUAUAUUCGGUCCCUCCAUGGGUUGCCGCCUUCGGAUGCUCCCUGGUAGUUGCAUGUCUAUCAGACUACUUUCGGCACAGAUACAUAUUCGCCCUGGUCUCUAUCAUCAUCUCGAUAAGUGGAUACUGCAUUCUCCUCACCCUCCGUGAGACCGUGCAUCAUAAUGUGCAAUACUUUGCGUUGUUUCUUAUCACCUGCGGCUGCUUCAGCGCCUCUCCGAUAUACCUCUGCUGGUUCGGUAUGAACCUAGGAGGUCGCACGAGGAGAAGCGUGGGCACAGCCUUUCAGCUUGGAAUCGGAAAUAUUGGGGGUAUUGUCGGUACAUACUCGUUCUUGGAGAAGGAUGCUCCGCUCUACCGAAAUGGCUAUACUAUCGGACUCUCUUUCGCGUGCUUCUCAGCCGCUAUGGCUACAGUCUACUUUCUUGGGCUAUGGUACCAGAAUCGACAGCGCGAGCGCAUGCUAGCAGAGGGCGUGGAGGUGACAGCCGAGGAGGAAGACAAACUGGGGGACUUGGCGUGCACGUAUCGCUAUGCGUAUUAAGGGGCAUGAGAUGGACCGGCUUAUUCCAGAUGUUUCAUGUUUUUCUUUGCCAUGAUAUACUCCUGAUUAGCGAUCGGUUGCGUGCGAUUCGGGGAGAAACAGCGCCAAUGCUUGGCCGGGGAUUGGCAGGGACGCUUUCCACAAGGACAAGAGAUGAUCAGCAUCGUAUUCAAGGCCAAUCAGAUUAAAUAUUGCGUCC